AUGUCUCAAAAUUAUGAAACAUCUGAGGAGGAUGAAUUUAUGAAUGUGACUGUCCGUCCUUCAAGUAAAAAGGAGCAUAAAUCCUUCGAAGAUGCAGACGAUGACAGCUCGCCUAAAUCUCUCGCACGUCAAGUCAAAUUACUGGGAGAGCUGGUUACACGCGAAAUGAGCUCAAUGCGCCAAGAGCUCUCGCGGCUGAAUUUGACCAUCUCCGGUUUUGAUAAGAGAGUGUCUAGUAUUGAGGAGAGGCUGGACAUUUUAGAGCAGAAGAUUCUACCAGACAAUAGAAUGGAAUUACAGGAAAGACUGGAAAAAUUAGAAAAGAGAUCCCCUGCGGAGGAUAACAGUGUAGCUGAAUCGGUAAUUAUCUCGCAACUGCGACUAGAGCUUAACGAACGUGAACAAGACAACAUGUUAAACGAUGUUGAAAUCGCAGGGUUGGACGAGAAAAGCGGAGAGAGUACCAUUAACAUUGCCCUACUAGUUGCAAAAAAAAUAGGGCUGAGUUUGGAGGAGCGUGAUAUCGUUAGUGCAGAGCGUUUGGGUCCUCGCCGAAUCAUCGCUGACGACGCGGCGGGGCAGCGGCGGCCGCCGCGCGCUAUCGUCGUGCGCCUGGCGCGGCGCUCGGUGCGCGACGACCUGCUCCGCGCCGCGCGGGUGCGCCGUGGCGCUGACACUUCAGGGAUUAUCGAGGCAGUGCAAUCUAAGCGUUUUUAUGUAAAUGAACGUCUUACAGCAGCCAACAAACACCUAUUCUAUAAGACGCGCGAACUGGGCCGUCGUGAUGGUUGGCGAUAUGUCUGGACGAAGGAUGGUCGCAUUUACGCACGACGCAAAGAUGGAAGUGAAGUGUGCCGUAUACGCACUCCAAAUGACAUUACCAAGUUUUUUGGAAACGGAACAGUUUAA